AUGUCUGAAACACCAAACAUGCAAGAGAAGCAAAGCAAAACAACGUCUAGUACUCAAAAAUGGCCUGAAAAUUUCUUCAAGAAUAUGAUAUCAGAGCUAAAAACUCAACAAAGAAUAACUGUUCCAUUGGUGGCCAUGAACUUGACGUGGUUCAUAAGGACAGCCAUCACAACAGCAUUUCUUGGCCGGCUAGGGGAGCUCCAGCUUGCAGGCGGCGCGCUUGGCUUCACUUUUGCUAAUGUCACAGGCUUCUCCGUCUUGAACGGGCUAUGUGGCGCCAUGGAACCGAUAUGUGGCCAAGCUUGCGGAGCUAAAAACGUCAAGCUUCUCCACAAGACCCUUCUCAUGGUAACCCUUUUGUUGCUGAUAGUGACAAUUCCUAUUUCUUUCUUGUGGCUCAAUGUUGACAAAAUCCUCAUCCAUUUCGGCCAACAAGAAGACAUUGCAAUCGUCGCGAAAAAGUACCUCUUCUAUCUCCUGCCUAACUUAGUAGUCACCUCAUUUCUCUGUCCUCUCAAGGCAUACUUGAGCUCGCAAAGCAUAACAGUUCCUAUCAUGCUCGGUUCAGCUCUUGCACUUGCUUCUCAUGUCCCUAUCAACAUUUUUCUCUCCAAAGCAAAGGGUCUUGAGGGGGUUUCCAUGGCCUUUUGGAUCAGUGAUCUCAUAGUUGUGAUUCUACUAGCCAUAUAUAUCUUUGUAGUGGAACACAGAAAGGAAGGAAAAUGGAAAGAAGGUGGGUGGUGGGACCAAGGAUAUGGAGAUUGGAAAAAGCUUCUCAAGCUUUCAGGGCCAUGUUGCCUCACAACCUGCCUUGAGUGGUGGUGUUAUGAGAUCCUAGUCCUUCUAACAGGAAGGCUUGAGAAUCCCAAACAAGCAGUUGGGGUCAUAACCAUUGUGCUAAACUUUGAUUAUCUGCUUUACUCUGUCAUGCUUUCCCUCUCUACUUGUGCGUCAACCCGCGUGUCAAACGAGCUAGGCGCGAACAGAGCAGGCCCUGCCCAUCAUGCAACCUAUGUGUCUCUUGCAGCGAGUGUGAUCUUAGGCUUCAUAGGUAGCUUGUUGAUGGUUGCAGCCAGGGGAAGUUGGGGGGCUUUGUUUAGCCAUAACAAGGGGAUUAUAAGAGGGGUCAAGAAGACGAUGUUGUUGAUGGCUUUGGUGGAAAUUAUGAAUUUCCCUUUAACAGUUUGUGGAGGAAUUGUUAGGGGAACAGCUAGGCCAUUGCUGGCUAUGUAUGCAAAUCUUAGUGGGUUUUAUCUCUUGGCUUUGCCUUUAGGGGUGGUUUUUGCCUUUAAGGUUGCGCUUGGGCUUGGUGGGUUAUUGAUAGGGAUAUUGAUAGGCGUUGCUACUUGUCUAGUUUUGUUGCUGGUCUUUGUUUUCAGGAUCAACUGGGAUGAAGAAGCUGGCAAGGCACAAAGACUGGCCUCGGUUGUUGUUUGUCAUGCCUCCGGCUCUGAGAUGAGCAGUGAUGUACAGACAGUUGAUAAUGACCAAGUAUGAGAAUAAGAGAACUGUUUGGUAGGGUAUGAAAAAAAUACCCUAU